CGCGCGCUGUGUUUAAAGUUUGGCGUCUCUGUUGAACUGUAGCUGUGUUAUGGUUUGUUAAAUUGACUAAAGUACCACGUGCACGUUUGUCGUGAAUAGAUAAAGCGUUUUGGGGAACCGCUGUUAUUGAUAAAAAAACAACUUAUUGCACAGCGCGAGCUAAACAAACCCGUUGUUUCUAUUAUGGACCGAUACAACGACCUAAAAAUUCUCUUAAAACAGUGGGAACACAAGUUUGUGCAAACACACAACAGAAAACCAAACAAAGAAGAUAUCGCUGCAGCUCCAGAAGAUACGAAAAACCUUUAUAAAGAGUACCGCAUGCUCAAAGAAGCCAAGGAGAAGACCACACGUGAGAACGAGGAUCACGUACAAAAGCAGGAAGUUCAGUCUCCGGCCACUGGCGACUCCUGGGGUUGUCAUCUUAAUCGUAAAAACCUGCCUGCUGCAUCACCCAAACUCACUUCUACAGACAAGGAGACUUUCCAAGCCUCUGCUCAGUUCUUUGGCAUGAAGUUGAAGUCAAAUAUCAUCAACACUCUAUCAAAGGAUCGAUCAUUUUCUCUGAAGAAAUCAGUCACCCCUCGCCAGACUCCAGGAAAGAGCUGGAAAGAUGGUGUAACUGCUAGCACAGCCCCCGAGGACGGAGCAGCUCCUUCACCAAAACCCACUAACAGGAGUCCAGCGCUUCUCACUUCGCCAGCUCAGACAGGAAGUAACGAGCACGAGGACGAACCCUCGGAUCCCUUUCCUUCCUUUACUCCUUCUAAAUCGUCCUCGCUAUGCACAAAGACUCCAAAUAAGAGCCUGGAGAAAGCCCAGUUCCUCAGACAGUCCAUGACCAAGAGGCUGUCGUGUGUGGACCAGGGCUGGCUGGAGCGCUGUCAGGUGUUCACUGAACUGAAACACGAGCACAAGCCAGUCACGGGUAACGUGAACCUGCCUGAAAAACAGAGGCUUGAUGAAAAUGGUGCAAGUAGUGAAAAAGUCGUGAAUGAGAACAAUGCGUCCAGAGACUCGACCACUCCACAGGACGUGUCUCACACGAGUGCUGAGAAAUGUCCGGGAAAUCACAAUCACACUUCAGAUACCGCUAAUGGAGACAUGAAGCCCCAUGUUUCAGAUGGUCUGGACAGGAUUGAAGAAUCUAGUCCUACUUUAGAAACUAGAAAACAAACCAAAAAACCCAGAAAAGCUCCAAAGAGCGAAGUCCCAGAUUACGAGCCGAAGACCGUAAGGAAAAAGGGACGGAAAAGGCAGAGAGAUACUGAAGAAGGAGAAGAACAAGCAGGACAAACAGAAAAUGCCCAAAAGAAACGCAGGACCAAGAAAGAGGACACCGCUGAGGAGAAGCCUGCUAGAAAAGGACGGAAAAAGAAAGCCGUAGGACCCGAGGAGGGAGAAGGCACUCCUGAGAGUAAAGUAUCUCAGAAAUCAAAGAUGCCUCAGGAGAACCUUUUAGGAGAAGUGGACGAGGAGGACUUGAGAGCGGCGGCAUCCAAUAAGAAAAAGCCGAUCCGAAGCAGGGUGACCAAAAACACAGAUGGAAACUUUGUGAAAAUCAACCUGAAGAAGAAAUCUCAUGUUAAAGGGUUUGCCCUGAGGGGAGCUGCUCUGCGCAAGCAGAUGUACAUGCAGAAGUUCCAGCUGAAGGGCGAGAGGUUCGGCGGAGGCAGUGGGCGGGGCAGAGGCAGGUUCGGGGGCUUUAACCGUCAGGGAGACGUCUGUUAUAAAUGUGGUGGAACAGGACACUGGGCACGAGACUGUCGUGGAGCAGCUCAUGGUGUUGGAGGGAUGUCAAAGAAGGACACGGCCCCAGACGAGGAAGAGGAAGAGGAACCAUUCGUGCUGCCGACAUUGGAAGAAGUAGCCCGAGCCACAGGAACUCUCCGCUCGGAGCCUAUAGCAGCGCCCUCGAGUGUUGGAGACGAGAAAGCAGUCGAGAAAGAAGAUGACAGAGGAGAGGAAAUCUUACUAAACGUUAUAAGACCAGAUUACGAGCGUCCUGCUCCUCCUCCACCCAUGGAGCCGCUGUACAGUCCCCGUGAGGACGGCAAAGUGCAGGAGGUUCCUCCUGAAGUGAACCAGGCUCUCCGUGACUUCGGGUACAAGUCCUUUAGGCCUGGUCAAGAGACGGCCAUCAUGAGAAUUCUCUCAGGUUUAUCUACCCUCGUGGUUUUGUCGACUGGGAUGGGCAAAUCUCUGUGCUACCAGCUCCCGGCUUAUCUCUAUGCACAAAGGUCAAAGUGCAUAACCCUGGUUGUCUCACCUUUGGUAUCACUAAUGGAUGACCAGCUGUCUGGGAUUCCUCCGAAGCUGAAAGCAGCAUGUAUCCACUCCAACAUGUCUCAGAAACAGAGAGAGGCUGCUGUUGAAAAGGUGAAAGCAGGUGAGGUGCAUGUUUUACUGCUGUCUCCAGAGGCUCUGGUUGGUGGAGGUCACUCCGGCUCUGGUUGUCUGCCCCCUGCUGAUCAGCUCCCUCCUGUGGCCUUUGCCUGCAUUGAUGAAGCUCACUGUGUUUCUGAGUGGUCACACAAUUUCAGGCCGUGCUACCUCAGACUGUGUAAGGUGCUGAGGGAUCGUCUGGGCGUGCAGUGUUUGCUGGGUCUAACAGCCACUGCCACCUUGUCCACUGCACUGGACAUUGCUCAUCACCUGGGCAUUAACGAUCGAGAGGGCAUCGCUGUCCGCUCUGCUGCCGUGCCACACAACCUCCAGCUCUCUGUGUCCAUGGACAGAGACAAAGAGCAGGCUCUGGUGUCCUUACUCAAGGGAGAACGUUUUGGUGCACUGGAAUCCAUCAUAGUGUACUGCACCAGACGCGAGGAGACGAGCCGCAUCGCUGCACUGCUGCGCACCUGCCUGCAGGGGGUGAUGCUAAAAGAGUCGUCAAGGCCUGUCAGAGAGGACGUGGAGGAAAAUCCUGUGGUCAAGAAGAAGAAAGCUUUGGCCAGGAAAAAGAUCCGGAAGCCACUGAAGUGGAUCGCUGAAGCAUAUCACGCCGGCAUGUCCGCCUCAGAGCGCCGGCGUGUGCAGAAUAACUUCAUGUGUGGCGAGCUGCGUGUGGUGGUGGCCACUGUGGCGUUUGGGAUGGGCCUGGACAAGUCCGACGUGCGUGGGAUCGUACAUUACAAUAUGCCCAAAAGCUUCGAGAGCUACGUGCAGGAGAUCGGCCGAGCCGGGCGAGACGGAGAACCCGCACACUGCCACCUGUUCUUGGAUCCAGAAGGUGGAGAUCUGCACGAGCUGCGCAGACACAUCUACGCAGACACUGUGGACUACUUCACUGUCAAGAGGCUGGUGCAGAAAGUUUUCCCUCGCUGCAAGUGCAGACGCAUACAUCAGCACCAGGAAUUAGCCCAGGCCAUGGAGGUGGAUGAUGUCGAGCUGAUGGAGCUGAUGGAUCACUGUGAGUCUUCUGGAGACAACCAACAUGAGCAACGAGACACAGCAACCCCUACACGCAUCCAACAAACCGAUCAAGAACAGACGGGAACCAAGCACCAGAACCCACCCCAGAACGAAUGCUCUCAGGAGUGGAACAAACCGACAAUGAAGGAGAAUCAGACAGUGGGAGAAUCAGACAGUUCCAUUACUCAACAUAAGGCUGAAGAGAAGACACAAGAGGGACAAAAUGAUGAGAGAGGAAGGGAAAGUGAUUCAGAAAUGCGAGAGAGCGAAGGUGGGGUGUGGGGUCAGCGUGUGUGUCACACCCACGAGAGGGCGGUUCCAAUGCAGGAUACAGUGGAGGAGCUGGACAUCACAGAGGAGGGUUUGGAGACUUUGCUGUGUUACCUGGAGCUCCACCCUCAGCGCUGGGUGGAGCUGAUGCACCCAACGCUUUCAAUGUGUCGCCUGGUGUGUUACGGAGGACCUCGGGAGCUCCGUAAGCUCACCAAAGUAUGUGCUCCUGUGGCGGUGGUGCUGGCGAGGAAGCGUCUGGCUGGUGAGAGGGUGGAAGACUGGGACUCUCUGGAGUUUGACGUGGUGGAGCUGGCAGACACUAUGGGCUGGCAGCUUCCGUUGGUCAAGAGGGGACUGAGACAGCUGCAGUGGGGUGGCUCGGGUCGGAGCGGCAUCCACGUGGAGUUCUCCGCGCUCUCCUUUUACUUCCGCUCCUACGGAGACCUGACGCCUGAAGAGCUGGACGAGGUGUGUGCGUUUCUUCACGGCAGGGUCCAGACGCAGGAGAGGACGCAGCUCUAUCAGCUAAAAGCCUCCUUUAAAGCCUUCCGCAGUGUUGCCUAUCGGAAUUGUAGCUUCUGCAUGGAUGAGCUGGAUGAAUCCAGGAGCCUGAGACUGAAGGGGCUUUUGGCUGAUUAUUUUGAGAAGAGGCGAGACCUGGACAUGAGCAAGUACGAGGAGGAACAGGACGACGAGGAAGAGACCUUCAGCAAGUUUAAGCUGAAGGACUGGGAGCAGCAGAUCUGCACUGAUGUGAGAAGUUUCCUGUCCAGUCGGAGUGAUGAGAAGUUCUCAGGCCGAGCAGUGGCAAGGAUUUUCCAUGGGAUUGGAAGCCCAUGUUAUCCAGCACAGACGUACGGUCGAGACCGGCGUUACUGGCGAAAGUAUCUCCAGUUUGACUUUAAUGAGAUCAUUCGCUUAGCCACUCAGGAGAUUAUUAGAACAAGGUAAAGAUCCGAGACUCAGAGACUCCUCCGUUCUUCACUGCUAAAUUCACUUAUGUGUAAAGUUCAUCCUUGUAUCUGUACAUUAUAUCUGUAAUUUUAUACAUGAUCUAGUUUAUACAUUUAUUACUGACUGUAAAAUAAAAUACAUUUUUGUACGUA